AUGCAUUGCUUUUUUGCUGAGCUGGAGCCAUCUAUUCCUGUCACGGAACAAAACCUGACAGACCGAGUUCGGUACAUCAUGCGCUCGAAAAUAUUUGAUGAUGCCGAGCUCGAACGACUACGCCGUGAGGCAAUUUCCCCAUCGAAUGAAUUGGCUAUGGCUGGGGAUGCGGCUCCUCAGGCGACAGACCAGCAUCCACGUGUGGAAGCUGCCAUGGAUCUUCCAGUUGUGGUUGAUUCAGACGAUGAUGAAAUGGUCGCCCUCCAACUAGGGCAAAUGAGGAGUAUAUUGGAAGAGGCGAUUUUGGAAACGCGCAGCAUGCCUCUCAAUAAUCGACCGCGACUUCCCCGAAUACCUCUAAGCAAGCGAAAUCGGGCUGUCGUGAGUCGGCAGACUGACAAGCUUCAGGUCGGGUAA